AUGACUGACACAAAGAUGGACGGUACCGCCGUCGCGGCCACGGCCAUCGACACGCCCAUCGACACGCCCGUGGACACGGCCGCCGGCCAUGUUCUUGAUGCCAAUGCGCCCCACGACGCCCAUCUGCCGUUCCGCGAGGCGCUGCGGCUGCACGCCAAGGCCGUGGCGUGGUCGGCGUACGUGUCGAUUGGCGUCAUCAUGCUGGCCUUUGACCCGCAGCUGCUGGGCAACCUGUACGCAAUGAAACAGUUUACCAAUGACUUUGGCGAGCUCAGCAAUGGCGAGCCUAACCUCUUAGCUGCCGCAUGGCAAACCGGCCUCAGCAUGGGCAACCCCGUGGGCCAGGUCGUCGGCGCCAUCUGGGCCGCGUACCCGAUGGAGUGGUACGGCCGCAAAAAGACCUUUGCGACGUGCGUCGUCCUGACGGCCGGCCUCAUCUUCAUCCAGUUCUUUGCGCGGUCGCUGAACGUGCUGCUGGUCGGCGAGCUGCUGGGCGGCAUCGUCCUGGGCAUGUACGUCGUCAUUGCGCCGGCCUACGCGUCGGAGGUGUGCCCGACGGCGCUGCGCGGCCACAUGACGUCGUUUGUCAACCUCUGCUUUGUCAUGGGCCAGCUGCUCGGCAACGGCGUCACCAACGGCACCUCGUCGCUGGCGACGCACUGGGCGUACUCGCUGCCGUUUGCCAUCCAGUGGGUGUGGAUCGCCAUUCUGCUGCCCGGCCUGGCCUUUGUGCCGGAGAGCCCGUGGUGGCUGGUCCGCCGCAACGACCUGGACGGCGCGCGCGCGUCGCUCGCGCGGCUGUCGGCGCCGCAGGUCGACCUCGACGCGGCCCUCGCGUUCAUCGUGCACACGGACCGCCUCGAGCUCGCGCUCGAGCUCGGCAGCACGUACCUCGACUGCUUCAAGCGCGAAAACUGGCGCCAGACCGAGGUGUCCAUGGGCGUCUACUGCACGCAGGUCCUCAGCGGCAUCUACCUCAUCAACUACGGCACCUACUUCUUUGAGCAGGCCGGCCUGCCCGACGCCGAGGCCUUCAACAUGGCCGUCGGCUUCCUGGCCGUCGGCUUCGUCGGCACCCUGCUCUCCUGGUACGCCAUGGUCCACGUCGGCCGCCGCACCAUUUAUGUGUGCGGCCUCGCCGUCCUCGCCGUCCUCCAGUUCGUCAUUGGCAUCCUCGACUGCGUCCCCGGCCGGCCCUCCGGCGCCAUCUGGGCCGAGUCCGUGCUCAUGAUCGUCUGGAACGGCAUCUACGACCUCACCGUCGGCCCCAUCUGCUUCGUGCUGCUCUCCGAGUGCUCCGCCACGCGCGUCCGCUCCAAGACCAUCGCCGUCGCCACCAUGGCCCAGGGCGUGCUCGGCAUCGUCAUGACCGUCGCCAUUCCCUACAUGAUCAACCCCGGCGAGGCCAACAUGCAGGGCAAGCUCGGCUUCUUCUACGGCGGCCUGGCCACGCUGUGCCUCGUGUGGGCGUGGCUGCGCGUGCCCGAGACCAAGGGCCGCUCCUACGAGGAGCUGGACAUUCUGUUUGCGCGCAACGUGCCCGCCCGCCAGUUCAAGACGUACGUCAUCGAGCCCGCAAACAGCGAGGUCGAGAAGUGA